GUCCACACCGCGCCGCGCGGCGGGGCCGAUGGAAUAGCACCGUACCGGUGGCGGCACAGUCUCUCUCGCUGUCGCAGCGGCUUAUAACGCCGAGAGCGCGCGGGGCGGGGCAGAGGAGGAAGAGGGGCGGGGGCGACGAUGAGGGGAUCCUCGGGCGCGCGGAUGACCGCGCAGGGCGCGGCGGAGGCGGCCGUGGGCGCGGUCGGGUGCGGCUACGACCUCACGGGGGACCUCCGCCUGGCGCGCGCCAAGCCGGCGGGGCGGCUGGUGGAGCUCGACACCGCGCGGGCGCGGGAGCUGUCCCUGCCGGGCGGGGCCGUCGUCGCGGGCGUGCCCGCCGGGAUCGUCGCCGACAAGGGCGAGCGCACGCGGUUCCGCUCCGACGUCCUCUCCUUCGCUCAGAUGGCGGAGCAGGUGAACCAAUCGCUGUCGCUGGCGGGGAAGAUCCCCUCCGGCGCCUUCAACGCCAUGUUCGACUACCGCGGGUGCUGGCACCGGGACGCCGCGGCCACGCGGAGCCUCUGCUUCGACGGCCGCUUCGUCGAGCUUUACAGCGUCGAGGCCGUGCGCGCGCAGCUCGCCCUGCAGGACCGCGUCAAGCAGGACCUGCCGCCCUUCUGGGAUCCCCCGGCGCUCGCCGAGUUCAUCGACAAGUACGGCACGCACGUCAUCGUCGGGGUGAAGAUGGGAGGCAAGGACGUGGUCUGCGUCAAGCAGCUCAAGGGCUCCAGCCUGACGCAGAGCGACGUGCAGGCCCGGCUCAAGAAGCUCGCCGACGACAAGUUCUCCCAAGACGGCGCCGGAGACGACAGAUUAGCGCACGGGCUAAACGGAAAUUUCGGCCCCGGAUCAGCUGCCUGGCAGUCGUUCAGAUCACCCGUCGUGUCCCACAAGGAUGACGUCGUCUGCAUCCACAUCCGAAGAGGCGGCGCCGACAGCGGCCAGGGCCACGGCAGAUGGCUCUCCACGAUCACCGCUUACCCGGACGUCAUCUCGAUGUCGUUCGUGCCCAUAACUUCCCUGCUGACCGGCGUUCGAGGCUGCGGGUUCCUGAACCAUGCGGUGAAUCUCUACCUCAGAUACAAACCGCCGAUAGAGGAGCUGCAGCAGUUCCUGGAGUUCCAGGUGCCGCGGCACUGGGCUCCAGAGUUUGGUGAGCUUCCUCUUUGCCUCCAGAGGAGGAAGAACAGCUUGCCGUCUCUUCAGUUCACCCUCAUGGGCCCUAAGCUUCAUGUCAACACUGCCAAGGUCGAUUCCGGAAACCGGCCGGUGACCGGCAUCCGGCUCUUCUUGGAAGGCAAGAAGAACGACCGGCUGGGCGUCCACCUGCAGCACCUGUCGGUGACGCCGAGCACGAUCACGGUGGUGGGCGAGGCCGCGUCGGCCGAGGACGUGACCGUGAACGAGCGCGACUACAUCGAGCCCGUCAGGUCGCCGCUGCUGUCGCACGUCUGCACGGCGCCGGUGCAGUACAACGGCGCGCGGAUCGACGACUGCGCGGCGAUCGUGACCAGAGCGUGGCUGGAGGUGCGGGACACCUGCUGCCUCAAGAAGGUGUUCUUCCUGCGGCUCGGCUUCUCGGGCGUCGCGGCCAUGAAAAUACGGCGGUCCGAGUGGGGCGGGCCCUCCGUCGUGCCCCGCAAGUCCGGCUCGCUGUCGGCGAGGCUCAGCGCGGCGCUGUCCGGCGGCCUGGCGCAGGUGCCGCCGCCCCCCACGGAGGAGGAGAAAGUGGAGGUGAAUUCCGCCAUAUUCCCCAAGGGCCCGCCGGUGCCGCUCCCGGUCCAGAAGAUGGCGAGGCACGUGGACACCACCGAGGUGAUGAGGGGCCCCGACGACCAGCCGGGGUACUGGGUGGUCACCGGCGCGAAGCUGUGCGUUGAGAGCGGCAAGGUCGCGCUCAAGGUCAAGUACUCGCUGCUCAUCGCCGUGCAAGAGGACACUGACGUCUGACGGCUUCAUUGCCGUUGAUCGAUGCCUCGGCUUCUCUGUUUGUGUGUGUGGUUUAAUUUGCUUAGUGUACAGCGUGCAGUUCAGUCGUCCGAGUGGUGUAAAUAGUGCAGAGGGCGCACGCUGCUUAUAGAGAUGUCGUAGUUGUACAGAACGUACUACAGAAAUGGACUCUGUUUGCAUGCAAAUUAUUUUUAGAGUA